AUGAUUUUUUGGUUCUUGGCAAUCGUGAUAGAGAUUUAUUGCAGCAGCGGUGAAGGAUGGGGAUAUAGUGAGCAUGACGGACCACACACAUGGCCCGGUGCAUGCCAGAACCAUCAGAGACAGUCUCCGAUCAACAUCCAAGCCGACGAUAUUGAUUACGAAGUCAUCCUUGCAUUGAAUUUUGAUAAUUAUGAAAAAUCGGGAAAAGUUGAAAUAAGUAAUACGGGACGAACCUUGCUUGUAUCGGGAUUCGAAAAAUGGAAAAAAAAGCAACCAGCCAUAAAAGGCGGAGGACUUAAGCAUCGUUAUGUGUUGUCGCAGUUUCAUUUACAUUGGGGUCAAACAGAUGAUGUUGGAUCGGAACACGCUUUGGGAUCGUUGCAUUAUCCGGGAGAACUUCAUUUGGUACAUAUUCGUGAAGACUUGACACUCGAACAAGCAUUAAAAAAACCUGAUGGAAUUGCUGUGGUGGCGGUAUUUUUAGCAAAUGCUGGUGAUGUUCGUAACCUCAAUUUUGAUGUUAUUGCAAGACAUUUUCCAUCAUUGGCAUACAGAGGCAAUAAAACAAUAAUAUCUGGUUUCCAUCCGGUAAUAACAUUGCCAAGCGACACCAUAUCAUUCUACAGAUACGAAGGCAGCUUAACAACUCCUGAAUGUGAAGAGGUAGUCAUUUGGACAAUAAUGGCCGAUCCGUUACUAGUUUCCAACGAGCAGUUGUAUCAUUUGCGUCAAAUAAGAAACUCAGAAAAUUUAAUAUCAGAAAAGAACUAUCGACCAUUACAACCAAUGAAUGGCCGCCGAAUUGCAUAUCGAGCAAGAAAACUUGAUCGAUCUCAUUUCUGCACACCGCCAUCGCAUUCAUAUUCAAUCAAUAUUUUAUUGGCGUUUAUUCUACCAGUCCUGAUGAGAAUAUAA